AUGACAACGUAUAACAACCUAGGUUUUGCUCUCACCCCAGACUCUAUGGUCAACUUUCGCGCCAGCACAUUUCCAAUGCUCCUCAUGACUUUUCUCAUCCUCGUCGGCAAUACUGCUUACCCUUGCAUGCUCCGGUUCAUCAUAUGGUGCAUGUUUCACAUUUCGCCCAAAGCCUCAGCUAUCCGGGAACCACUGAACUUCCUUCUUGACCACCCCAGAAGGUGCUACACACUUCUGUUCCCCAGUCGAACAACGUGGACGUUGCUGGGGACACUUGUGCUGCUCAACGGAUUGGAUAUCAUGCUCUUCAUGAUUUUGGACCUGAAGAAUCCGGAAGUCACAGCGAUAGAUACAACAUGGCAUCGAUUAUGCGCUGCAUCUUUUCAGUCUACUGCAUCAAGAACGGCCGGAGCUACCACGUUUUCCUUGUCUAAGAUUCAUCCUGCUGUACAAUUUAGUUUGAUGGUGAUGAUGUAUAUUUCUGUCUUUCCGGUAGCUAUCAGUAUGAGAAAGACAAACACUUACGAAGAGUCAUCAUUGGGUCUAUACGAGUCUGAAGAAGAGGUCGAUGAGAACUCGGACUCCUCGUCUUACUUGAGCCAGCAUAUCAAGAAACAACUUGCCUUUGACCUAUGGUACAUCUUCCUAGGCGUCUUUCUCAUAACUAUAGCAGAAGGGGAUAAGAUCGCGGACCUGGCUGACCCUGCCUUCCAGAUCUUCGCUAUCUUUUUCGAAGUUGUUUCUGCCUACGGAAAUGUCGGCCUAUCCCUUGGCCAUCCAAGUAUAAAUGCUGGGUUAUCUGGUAAGUUUACCACCAUCAGUAAGCUAGUGAUGUGUGCAAUGAUGGUCCGUGGCCGACACCGUGGCCUACCCUAUGAGCUUGAUCGGGCGAUUGUUUUGCCGGGAGAACGGCAUAAGCAAGAACAAGCUCGGACAGAUAGUCAAGUUGUAUCAAGUAAUAGCUAA